AAUGGCCUCUGAUUGUGCACAACCAAUGCCCAUCCUUCACCCCUAAACUAGGGCCAUUAUUUACUUCACCACUAUUUGAGAGACCUUAAACCACCAUUAACAAAUCCCUUUACUUUGCUAAACCAGUACUUCGAUUCUCUAUAAAUUUGGUCCACUCCACACUCUCUCUCGCUCACUAUAUCACAAAACAAUGCAUUUCUACCAAACCACUGUUCCAAAUUGUGAUUCUGAAUCACACUACUCCAACUACCUUUCUUCACAGCCUAGCCUGCCUUCUGUUCCUUCUCUAACUUCACAACCCCAACAACUACACUACUUCUUCACCAAUGCUUACUGUUCUACCACUCUCAAAGGUCACAAUAGCUACAUAUCCUCUCUAACUCUCUCCGGAAAAUUCCUCUACAGCGGCUCCUCUGACAACGAAAUCCGGCUGUGGAACCAAAAUCCUUUAAAUUCUGAGCCAGAUGAUGAUGAGGAACAAAGGUUAAUCGACAACGUUGUCGCAGUAGGAAAGGGUGCUGUGAAGUCAUUAGUUGUAUUGGCAGAUAAGCUAUUUAGUGCUCAUCAAGAUCACAAAAUCCGGGUAUGGAAGAUCAAUAAUCAAGAACAAGAUUGCCCAAAAUUAUAUACCCGUUUAGCGACGUUACCGACGCUAAAUGACCGAGCAUCGAAACUUCUUGUGCCGAAAAAUCAUGUUCAGAUAAGAAGGCACAAGAAAUGUACAUGGGUUCACCAUGUUGACACAGUCUCUGCACUUGCUUUGUCAAGUGAUGAGACUCUGCUUUACUCUGUUUCAUGGGACAAGACACUCAAGAUUUGGAGAACAAGUGACUUCAAGUGUCUGGAAUCAGUAACAGAUGCACACGACGACGCGAUAAACGCGCUGGCCUUAUCGACAGACGGAGAUGUUUAUACAGGAUCAGCAGACAAGAAAAUCAAGGUGUGGAGGAAGAACAAUUCAGUAGACAAAAAACACUCUCCUGUUGAUACACUUGAAAAACACAAGUCUGGGAUUAAUGCACUGGCAUUAAGCAGCGACGGGUCGAUAUUGUACUCAGGUGCAUGCGAUCGAUCAAUACUGGUUUGGGAGAAGGAAGAUGGAGGCAGUAUGAAGGUCACAGGUGCACUCAGGGGACAUACAGAGUCCAUAUUGUGUUUGGUGGUUGUUUCAGACUUGCUGUGUAGUGGUUCUGCAGAUAAAACUAUAAGACUCUGGAGAAGGGUUGAUAGAAACUACUCUUGUAUGGCAGUUUUAGAAGGACAUAAAGGCCCUGUCAAGUGCUUAACAGCUGCAGUUGACCAUGGUACUAGUAUAUCUAAUACUUCUUAUGUUGUUUAUAGUGGUAGCUUGGACUGUGAAAUCAAGGUAUGGAAGAUUAUGGUUCCUCUUCUUUAGAGGAUUUUCUUUCUUCU